AGGGAAGCCCGGCUCCCAAGAAAGCGGUUCACCAGGAUGGCCAGCUUCCGUGAUAGCCCCGGCCUCCAGAGCCCCGCCCCGGAGGCCCCGCCCCGAUGCUCACCUUCAUUUGUGCAGCACUACGCUAGUCUGCAGCUGCAGUCUGCGGGCAGAGCGGACGUCUCAGCGUCGGUUUUCCAAGUCCUGGCGUGUUCUAGCGUGGGGCUGGGUGUUGGAGCACCUGGGCGACGCCGGGAGGGAGCCCCCAAGUGUCAGAAGGCUACCUGCCCGACGGCCGGAGUGUGUCUUCCACAGAUGUUUUGACCAACCUGAACCUCUGCUUCCUCUGCAGCAGCUGGCGGAACCAUGGCAACAACUCCUGAUGCUGCCUUUGAGGCCCUCAUGAAUGGAGUGACCAGCUGGGAUCUUCCCAAAGAACCCAUUCCUUGUGAACUCCUUCUUACUGGGGAGGCCACCUUCCCAGUGAUGGUCAAUGACAAGGGACAGGUGCUCAUUGCUGCCUCUUCCUAUGGCCAAGGCCGCCUGGUGGUCAUAUCCCAUGAGAGAUACCUGCUGCAUGCAGGCUUGGCCCCGUUUCUUCUCAAUGCAGUGAGGUGGCUCUGCCCGUCCCCAGAGGCUCCCAUUGUAGUGCAUUCCUCCUUGGCCUCACUAGGUAACAUCCUAAGUAACUCUGGUCUAGAGGCCCUGGUUCAGCCACAACCUGGAGAGACUCUGGGCGUUUACUGCACUGAUGCCUACAAUGACACCUUGACUGAGAAGCUGGUCCAGUUUGUGAAGCGUGGUGGGGGCUUGCUCAUUGGGGGACAGGCCUGGUAUUGGGCCAGUCAACAGGGCAGUGACAAGGUGCUGUCCAGUUUCCCUGGGAACCAGGUGACAAGUGUGGCUGGAGUGUACUUCACAGACGUCUAUGGGGAUGUAGAAAGGUUCAAGGUCUCUAAGAAGGUCCCCAAGAUCCCACUCUAUGUCAGGUGUUGGGAGGAGCUUGGGCAUGACCAGGAGCAGCUUCUGGAUGGCAUCUCUGAGUUGAACAUCAAGACUGGAGGUGUCCCCUCACAGCUGUUGGUGCAUGGAUCCCUGGCCUUCCCUCUGGGCCUGGAUACCUCCCUUGGCUGCUUCCUAGCAGCCGCCCGCUAUGGCUGUGGUCGUGUGGUAUUGGCUGCCCAUGAGGCCCUGCUCUGUGCUCCUAAGAUGGAGCCCUUUUUGUUUAAUGCUGUACGUUGGUUGACCAGAGACCAGAGAGGCAAUAUCGGGGUGGACAAAAGUCUCAAGAAUCUACAUUCACUAUUGUUGGAUCAUGGCUUGAAUUGCUGCCUGGAGUCCCAUUUGACCAGUGACAUGAGUGUCUACUGCUGUGGGGCUUAUAGUGACCAAGAUGCCAAGAAAAUACAGGAGUUUGUUGCUGAGGGUGGGGGCUUGCUCAUUGGUGGCCAGUCCUGGUGGUGGGCUUCCCAAAACACAGGCAACUCUGCUUUGGCUGGUUUCCCUGGGAAUAUCAUUCUCAACACCUUUGGCCUCAGCAUCCUGCCCCGGACCCUCAGCCCAGGCUGUUUCCCUGUUCUCCCAGAAGAGAUAAGGAACUACCACUUUCGCAGGGCUCUCUCUAAGUUUCAGGCUCUGAUGAACCACAAGGGUGGGAACUUGGAAAAGAAGGAUUUGGUAAGGUUAGGAGUAGAGGCUGCAGGCUUCCUGCAGAUCCCUGCGCACGGAGUUCCUGCUUAUAUGUCUCUGCACCGGCUCCUGAGGAAGAUGCUGCGACAGGCAGGCCUCCCAGCCGUGAGUAAGAAAAAUCCAGUUUCCAGUAACUCCUGUGAGGCAGCAAUUCUCCAUCUGGCCACAGAGCUGGCACACUCUGGGACUGAUUGCUCCCAGCUAGCCCAGGACCUUGGCUGUCAGAUCUGCUCCUCCAAUCUCCACCCCUCAGAGCACCCAAUAACUGUGGAGAUCAAUGCAACCAACUCAGGUAACAGUGAUGCCUGGAUGAGCACUGGGCUCUACCUUCUGGAAGGACACAGUGCAGAGGUCUCUCUCUCUGAAGUGGCCGCCUCUGCCAACCUAAAGGUGCAGAUUGGAUGUCACACUGAUGACCUAAGCAAGGCCAGGAAGCUGUGCCGAGCCCCUGUGGUAACUUACCAGUGUUGUAUGGACAGAACCCAACGGUCAGUCUCCUGCCUCUGGGGUGGUCUCCUGUACAUCGUUGUGCCCAAGGGCUGUCAGCUUGGCCCUGUCUCGGUUACCAUCAGGAAGGCAGUGCCUGCCCCUUACUACAAGCUUGGUAAGACAUCCCUGGAGGAGUGGAAGAGUUGUAUCCAGGAUAAUGUGGGCCCCUGGGGAGAGCUGGCUACAGACAACAUCAUCCUUACAGUACCAACGGAAAGCCUCAAAGCUCUGGAGGACCCAGAGCCUCUGCUCCAGUUCUGGGAUGAGAUGAUGCAGGCCAUAGCCAGGCUGGCAUCCCAGCCCUUCCCUUUCCAAAGGCCUGAGAGAAUUGUUGCUGAUGUGCAGAUCUCAGCUGGCUGGAUGCAUUCAGGGUACCCCAUCAUGUGCCACCUGGAGUCUGUGCAGGAGCUCAUCAGUUUGACAGCCAUGAAAAGUGAGGGCCUGUGGGGACCCAUCCAUGAGCUGGGCCACAAUCAGCAGCGCCAUGGCUGGGAGUUCCCUCCCCACACCACCGAGGCUACCUGCAAUCUCUGGUCAGUCUAUGUGCAUGAGACAGUUCUGGGGAUUCCCAGGGCUCGGGCCCACCCCGCACUGAAGCCUGAAGAACGAGAGAAGAGAAUCAAAGACCAUCUUCAGAAGGGAGCACCGCUGUGUGACUGGAAUGUCUGGACAGCACUGGAGACGUACCUGCAGCUCCAGGAGGCCUUUGGGUGGGAGCCAUUCAUCCACCUCUUUGCUGAGUACCAAACGCUCUGUAGCAUCCCCAAAGACAAUGAGAUCAAGAUGAACAUAUGGAUGAAGUUAUUCUCUGAAACCGUGCAGAAGAACCUGCUGCCUUUAUUUGAAGCCUGGGGCUGGCCUGUCCAGGAGGAAGUGGCUGAAAGCUUGGCCAGCCUGCCUUGCUGGCAGGAUCACCCCCUGAAAGUAUACAUGAGUGUGGAGAAGUAAGGGGAG